UUCUUUUUAAGCCCAGUUCUAAACAGGGAGCCGAAGCUGACAAAUCUAAGAUUUAUUCGAGCAAAAUAUGAAAAUAUUUAAAAGCUCAAAACAAUUAUAGGGUUAGGGUUUUAGCUCCAUUUUACCGAGGGCAAAUAUGUACGGCGGCGGAGGUGGCGGCCAGUUUGACGGGGGCGCCUCUAAUCUCUUCUCCGGCGGCGGUUUCAUGCCGUCUCAGGCCACGCAAACCCCCGAAUCCUCCUUCUCAAAGAGCCGCGGUGGCCAGGGCGCUCUCCCUCUCACCGUGAAGCAAAUCAGUGAAGCCUACCACUCUAACGAUGAUAAAUCCAAUUUCGCUGUCGAUGGGAUGGAUGCAUCAAAUGUGAAACUUUUAGGGAUUGUGAUGAAUAAAGCAGAGAGGGUGACUGAUGUUUCCUUUACCCUUGAUGAUGGCACGGGAAAGAUUGAUGUCAACAGAUGGGUGAAUGAGACUUGUGAAACGGAUGAAAUGGCUGCCAUUGAGAAUGGAAUGUAUGUGGUCAUAAAUGGCAGCUUGAAAGGAUUUCAAGGCAAAAAGCAUGUUGUUGCUUUCUCAGUUCGACCCGUGGUUGACUUUAAUGUGGUCACACUCCAUUUUAUUGAAUGCAUUUAUGUUCAUCUCGAGAACACCAUACCAAAGGUCCAGGGAUCUUCUCUUUUGGGAGCUGAAACGAUGAUGAAGAAUGAAGUGCAAGGAUAUCAAACUCCUAUGUCUAAUCAAUUUUCACCAUAUUCGGCCGCAGCCAGUUCAGGGGGUAACAUCCUCCAAUUGGUUUCUGAUAUUUUUCAGGAGAAAGCAAGCCUUGCUCGUGAGCAUGGACUGCAUGUUGAUGAAAUUGUUCAACGACUUUGUCUACCAAAGGAUAAGAUCAUGGAGGCCAUUCAUUAUCAUGUUGAUGUUGGUAAUAUUUAUUCUACAAUUGAUGAUGAUCACUACAAGUCUGCAAGCAAUGGCUGAUUCUCAUCAAAUUCAUCUCCCAAGUUUGGUUGAAGUAGUGAUGAUCUCACUGGGCUGAACUAUCUUAACAAAGCAUGCUAGUUUGAUGUAUAAGUUAUCUUUUGCGUAAUUUUAUUUUCUUUAAGAUUUUUCUAUUCUCCAGAUGCGUGUACAGUUAUCUCGAAUAGCUGAAACAAGGCUGUCAUUAUCUGACAUAUUUCAACAUGUUCGUUUACGACGUCAAUGUAUUUAAUCAGCUUGGUUUAGUCCUGGACUGUAGAAAUUUGAUGGUUCAAAUGCUAGUGCUAGUGUUGUUCUGGAUU